AGGGAGACCCGGAUGUUCUUGUGUGGAGGAAGAAAAUGGCAGCCGCUAUGCUGAGGUCGCUUUACAAACUGAGAUGCCCUUCAAAUUUAAUCUUAAAUAGGCAUUUAGUCAACCCGUGCAGCGCUGCGGUGCAAAGCAGACUGAAGCAGUGGCAGCCCGAUGUGGAGUGGACCGAGCAGUAUGCGGGCGCUGUCAUGUACCCCAGCUCUAUCACUGAGAAGUGGGCCCCCCCUCCAUGGAACGACAAGGACCCCCCGGCUGAGAAGGGCGUGUCGAAUCUUACGAUCAAUUUCGGACCCCAGCACCCGGCUGCUCACGGGGUCCUCCGGCUGGUUCUGGAGCUGAGCGGGGAGUCUGUCAAGAAGUGUGACCCCCAUAUCGGACUGCUGCACCGAGGCACUGAGAAACUGAUCGAAUACAAGACCUAUCUGCAGGCACUGCCGUAUUUCGACCGUCUGGAUUACGUGUCGAUGAUGUGUAAUGAACAGGCUUACUCUCUGGCAGUGGAAAAGCUGCUGAAUAUCAAUCCUCCGCCUCGCGCCCAGUGGAUCAGAGUGCUGUUUGGGGAACUCACUCGUAUCCUGAAUCACAUCAUGGCGAUCACAACCCAUGCGCUGGACAUCGGGGCUAUGACACCCUUCUUCUGGAUGUUCGAGGAGAGAGAGAAGAUGUUUGAGUUUUACGAGCGGGUGUCAGGCGCUCGGAUGCACGCUGCCUAUGUGAGACCAGGAGGUGUGCACCAGGACAUGCCUUUGGGUCUAAUGGAUGACAUCUAUGAAUUCUGCAAGAACUUCUCGUUGAGAAUCGAUGAGGUGGAAGAGAUGCUGACGAACAACCGGAUCUGGAAGAACCGGACCGUGGACAUCGGGGUGGUGACAGCGGAGGAGGCUCUGAACUUUGGCUUCAGUGGCGUGAUGCUCCGAGGAUCGGGAAUUCAGUGGGAUCUCCGGAAGACUCAGCCCUACGACGCGUACGACCAGACGGAGUUCGACGUUCCCGUUGGGAGCCGGGGAGACUGCUAUGACAGGUGGCUCUGUCGAGUUGAAGAGAUGAGACAGUCUCUCCGGAUCAUUCUACAGGCCUUGAAUAAGAUGCCGGAGGGAGAGAUCAAAGUAGACGACGCCAAAGUUGCGCCCCCAAAGAGAUCCGAGAUGAAGACUUCAAUGGAGGCUUUGAUUCAUCACUUCAAGCUUUACACAGAAGGCUACCAAGUCCCGCCCGGGGCCACUUACACUGCUGUAGAGGCGCCAAAAGGUGAAUUUGGAGUCUAUUUGGUUUCUGAUGGCAGCAGUCGUCCUUAUCGCUGAUUUUCAAAGCUCCCGGUUUUGCCCAAACAUUUUGCUGGGCUUGACAAGAUGGCGAAGGGGCACAUGCUGGCAGAUGUGGUGGCCAUCAUAGGUACUCAGGAUAUCGUGUUUGGUGAAGUAGAUCGCUGAAGUUCAAAGAAGUUGUUCUUUUUUUUUUUUUGCAUGUGCUGUUAAGUUGAAGUGAGAGUGACUUUUGACAUCCUCUCCCUUUCUCCCCCCUCUCUCUUCCUCAUCACUCCUCUCUCCUCCCCCUCUCUAUCGUUGCUCCACUUUCCUCUCUCCCUCAUCAUUCCUUUCCUCUCUCCCUCCCCUCCCCCUCUCUUCGCUUCUCCCUCCCUGUCCUCCCCUCCCUCUUGUCUCUCCUCCCCUCCCUCUUCUCCCCUCUCUCAUUGCUUCUUUCCUGUUUCUCUCUCCCUGUUCCUCUCUCUCUCUCUCUCUCUCUCUCUCUCUCUCUCUCUCUCUCUCUCCUCAUAUACCAAGUGAUUACACGUUUAAAAAGAUACAAUAGCAUUUCAAUAAAGCUUACCCUUGUAAAGAUAUUUGUAAAUACAUGUGUGAUGAAAUAGAGUUUACAGGUCUUGUCUACUCAGAAGGGUCCUGUUUGAUGUAUUCAGUAGUUGGGAGCUCUCUCUCUCUCUCUCUCUCUCUCUCUCUCUCAUAAGAAAAAUAAAACUUGAGAUAUUC